UAUAUAUAUAUAUAUAUAUAUAUACAUACACACACACACAAACACACACAUACAUAAUCAGUGAAAAGGUGAGGUAGCCUUCAUUUUUGGUUUAAUAUCGCAUGGCCGCUGUUCCUCCCGGCCCGGUGCUAGUGGCCUACCAAGGCGGGACACCAGCAGUCCCAGUUUGGCUAAACAAAGGAGAUAAUGCAUGGCAGAUGAUAUCCGCCACGCUAGUUGGCCUCCAAAGCGUGCCAGGCUUAGUUAUCCUCUACGGUAGCAUUGUCAAGAAAAAGUGGGCUGUGAAUUCAGCUUUCAUGGCCCUCUAUGCAUUUGCUGCCGUGGUUAUCUGCUGGGUCAUUUGGGCCUACAGGAUGUCCUUCGGCCAUAAGCUUUUGCCUUUUUGGGGCAAAGCGGGGCCUGCCUUGGGCCAAAAGUUUCUAGUGAAUCAAGCUCUUCUUCCUCAAACAACACAGUUCUAUGAUAAUGGUCGGGUGGAGACGGCUAUGUUGGCACCGUUUUAUCCUAUGGCGUCUAUGGUUUGGUUUCAGUGCGUGUUUGCGGCGAUCACGCUGAUUAUAUUAGCAGGGUCAGUCCUGGGGAGGAUGAAUAUAAAAGCGUGGAUGGCUUUUGUACCGCUUUGGCUCACUUUCUGUUAUACAGUGGGUGCAUUUAGCUUGUGGGGUGGAGGUUUCUUGUUUCACUGGGGAGUUAUGGACUAUUCUGGGGGUUAUGUUAUUCACCUUUCUUCAGGGAUUGCUGGUUUCAGUACCGCCUUUUGGGUGGGGCCAAGACCAAAAAAGGACAGAGAGAGAUUUCCUCCAAACAAUGUGCUACUGAUGUUAGCAGGGGCAGGCUUGUUGUGGAUGGGAUGGGCAGGUUUCAACGGUGGAGAUCCAUACGCUGCCAAUGUUGACUCUUCCAUGGCUGUUCUAAAUACCAAUAUUUGUGCAGCUACUAGUCUUCUCGUUUGGACUUGGCUUGAUGUUAUUUUCUUCAAGAAACCCUCCGUUAUUGGUGCUGUCCAGGGCAUGAUCACAGGUCUUGUUUGCAUCACUCCUGGUGCAGGUCUUGUGCAAGGAUGGGCAGCGAUAGUGAUGGGAAUUCUAUCAGGCAGCGUUCCAUGGUUCACCAUGAUGAUCAUUCACAAGAGAUGGACGCUGCUUCAACAUAUUGAUGACACACUAGGCGUGUUUCAUACCCAUGCAAUUGCGGGACUUCUUGGCGGUGUCCUAACCGGUCUCUUUGCUGAACCUCAGCUCUGUGCAAUGUUUUUGCCCGUAACAAACUCAAGAGGAGGCGUCUAUGGAGGUUCCGGGGGGAUCCAGAUCCUGAAACAAUUAGCAGGCGGCGCUUUCAUAAUUGGAUGGAACCUUGUCGUCACAUCGAUUAUAUGUGUAGCUAUAAACCUAGUAAUCCCACUGCGUAUGUCAGAGGAACAGUUAUCAAUUGGAGAUGACGCGGUGCAUGGCGAGGAGGCGUACGCUCUUUGGGGUGAUGGAGAGAAGUACGAUUCAACCAAGCAUGGGAUGUAUUCAGAUGAUACCUCGCAGAACAAGGCUUCAACUGGAGCUACACAGGAGGUUUAGUUAAACUUUACAGGGUCAAACAUCAAAAGGAUAGAUCUGAACAAAUUGCAGAACAAACAUUCAAGUUGUCGUGUUAUCAAGCACUGGUUAGGUCUUUCCUCAAAAAAGGCACUUUGACAUUUGUGCAUAUAUCUAUUCCUUAACCUCUCCGUCGUCAAUGCAUAAUAUGUACACGUCAACGAGUCUUCGUUGUCUCGUGGAUUAUUUUUUUUUUUUUUUACAAUUAAAAUUGUCACUUGUCAAGAUUUUAAUUUUAAAAUUAAAAAUUUAAUACUUUAUGGAAUGAGUGUUUGUCUGUUGAGUUGUUUUAAGUUUUAUUUUCCAAUAAAAUUAA